AUGCCGUCCUGCUUCAUCCCCACAACCUACUUCAACUCGGACCCCGACACCUGGUCCCUAAGGGGCUUCUUCGCCGCAUCAACCUCGUCUCCCAUAGAAGGUCUCGAGCUCCAGCACGUGGUCAACGUCUACGUCCGUACGCUCUCUGAAAUUGCCGGUGGUAGCCUCGAUAGCCAAACUAGUGGUGGUCCCAAUGUCCAGGGGGACAGUGGAGUCACGGAGGCUGCCAGUAGGAAGAGGGAGUGUGCUUCUCUCCUGCUCACGGCUUAUAAACAGGGGACCGACCAUGCUCUUGCGCGAGCUCUAUGGCUAGACUACAUGGCCACCACCGGUGGAGCCGCAAGCGAGGCAGCGGCGGGGAAGCAGAAGAAGAAGCCGAAAAAGAUAGCCAAAAAGCGUCCUGCGCGCGACCUACCAGAAUCACCCCCGCCGCUACUGCCCUCAUACGCAGAAGCCGCCGAGUCCUCCGACAAUAAUCUCGAGAUACUGCCUGAGGUCCCCUCGAAGCGGCGGAGGGUGGCCUCCAAGUCAUAUCUGGCUGAGUUCGAGUCUUUUUAUGCAGCCAUGGAUCCAUUGCAGAAAUGGACAUUGACAACCGGCAAGGUGGUCGAAGACGCCAUAUACGAUGCCAUUACUACCACCGCGGUGGAGAGUGAGCGGCUAAAGAUGUGGGUCAUCGAUGCCUCAGACCCGGCGAUGUCUGUAGUAUUCUCGAAAGAGGAGAUUGCUGAGCUACUGGAAGGGCGGACAGACAGCGUGAACGGCGUAGAAGACGUGUGGGAUCGCUAUAGCGCCAUCACCACAACAAAGGGAUUACGGAGUACUCUAUUCGGUGAGAUCCCAAGGCAGGGCAUAAAAGAGGAGUGGAUUUACGGCGUGAUGCGGCAGCUGCUAGCGCUCUACGAAAACACAUCCGCGCCGCUUAAGAGCGCACAGCUCGAGAGCUGGUACGAAAUAAAUCUUUGGGGGCCGCUGAUCGACGCUCUGCUACUGCGGACAGUGCCAGACGUUGUCGUUCUGCGGAAAGAGUCGACCUCCCACGCAGCAACAGUGUCUCUGAACGUGGCGCGCACCACUACCGGUCCGGGGAGUUACGUCAGGACGGGGGCCCGCAGCGAUUUGGUGAUCCGUGGGGUAGGUGUGGAUUGGCCGCUGGAGUAUGGUGCGGGCGAGACAGGAGGGAGAUUUGCGGGCAUUAGAGCGACCAAGUAUAUCGUCGAUGGGAUGAAGCUGAGGGGCACCAUGAGAGGCAUGUUGAGCAGGUUGGUGGACGAGGGGAAGGCGGGGAAGGACGUGGCGGUGGUGGGUGUCCUGUGUUCAGGACUGCGGCUCACGCUGCUGGAGAUGUGGGCGCCUGAGGGGAGGUAUAUGGGGGUAGUGAGGACGGUGGGGCCAGUGGGGGUGCCGGAUGAUGUGAGGAAGUUACCGAGACUUGGAGCGCUGCUGGCGGCGCUAUGGGUUAUGAAGGAAACUGUUGAGGGAUGUGUUAAAAUCAUGCACAAGUGUUAA